AUGGUCGGAGCAGAAAUCGAGGGAUCGACCUCGACAAACAAUGCUUACGUGAAUGGUUUAGUCCAAAUCAACAACGGGUCUCUAGAGGAAAAACUCGACGAGCUUCGUAACGUAUUGGGUAAAACAGACGAUGAUCCUUUAAGAAUCGUGAGCGUUGGAGCUGGUGCUUGGAGCGAUAGGUCAGUCGAUCGAGCCACAUCGCAACAUUUAUUCGAUGUAAUCAACACACGAGAAGACGUGUUAAGACUAUUGAUUAGAGGAUGUGCGUAUUUGAAAUACGUUGAAGCAAGAUUAGGCGAUCUAGUAUUGUACGUAGAUGAGAUUUUGAAACAUGGGUUUUGUUUGAAUAUGAUCCAUACUCCACUUAGUCCUUUGAAAGUAGUAACGAAUUUACGGGAAGCUGUUUGGGAUGCUGAUAUUGUCAUCAAUGGAUUACCAUCGGUUGAAACUCAUCAAGUUUUUCAAGAGAUUAGUAAGUAUCGGAAGGAAAGAAUUACAGUUCCUAUUACAAGACUCCUUCCUCAAUUUGAGGCUGACAACGACGAACCAAACGCACCAAAGGGAGUCCGCUGGAAAUCGAAGCCCUCAUCCCUUCGCAAUCGUCAACCGCUUCUGGAACCCUUUCGAUUUCUGCUAAUGUACGCCCUAUUCUCGAGCAAAUGA